AUGGGUACCAAGCCCCAGCACCUCACCCACGCUCGGCCAGUCAGAGGAGCAGGAGCUGCCACUGUGGCCGUCGGACCACCCAGAGGUGUUGUCAAACCUUCUGACGCUUCCACUGCAGCCAAAGGAGCGAACAUGACACCACCUGCAGCAUCCACAGCCCUGGAAACAGGUGGCAGCGGCACCCCCCGGCACCAUGCCAGGGACGUGCAGGGAAAGGUGAGCGAAAUGGAGGACAACAUCCAAAACCACCAGACCCUGCUCCAGUCCAUCAACCAGGAAAGUGAGGUGCUGAAAGGCUUGGUGGCCCACAGCCACAAAGAGAAGUUGGAAAUGGAGGAAACGCUGACAAAGCUGAAAAGCCAAAUCAUUCAGUAUAAGACGCAGUUGCAAGAGCUGUCCAAUCUGCGCUGCGAGUUAGAGAAGGUGGCCUAUGAGAAGAGCUGCCUGCAGAAGGAGCGGUCCGUGCAGGGGUCCACGCUGGCCCGCCUGCAGGCGAUGCUCUGGGACACCGAGGAGCAGGUCCGCUCCCUGACCGACACCGUGGCCCAGCUGAGUGACGAGCUCCACGCCAGGGAGAUGGAGCGCUGGAGGCUCCACAUGACCAUCCAGGAGCUGAAGGGAAACAUAAGGGUGUUUUGCAGAGUGCGCCCCCUGCAGGGCAGCGGCCUCAGGAGGCACAUCCAGUUAGCAACAAACAACAGGAUAAAGCUGGCCAAAACCAAGAAGUCCCACACAGGCAAGACGGCAGAAACUCAGAAGAGCUACAACUUCAGCUUCGACCGAGUGUUUGGGCCGGGGGCUUCACAGCAGGAGGUCUUUGACGAGAUCUCGCUGCUGGUGCAGUCGACCCUGGAUGGCCACAACGUGUGCUGCUUCGCCUACGGCCAGACGGGCAGCGGGAAGACGUUCACCAUGGAGGGGGAGGAGUUUGACGACAACAGGGGGUGUAUUCCCCGAACCGUGCAGCAGAUCUUCAGAGCAGCCGAGAAGCUGGGACCACAAGGCUGGGAGUUCACCUUUACAGCCAGCUUUGUGGAAAUCUACAAUGAGAUACUGCGAGACCUCCUGUACACCAGCAAGGCCAGCCAGAGGCCCAAGCAUGAGAUCCAAAAGACGGGCAACAACAAGGAGACGAUCAACAACCUGUCCUACAGGAAGGUCUCCACCGAGGACGAGGUUCUGGGUCUGAUCGCCUUGGCCAAUCACAACCGUGCCACGGCUCAGAAUCACCACUCCUCCUGCUCCCACUCAGUCUUCCAGCUGGGUAUUGAGGGAGUGAACGCUGACAGGGAGGUCAAGUGCAAGUCCACCCUGUGCCUGGUGGACCUGGCUGGCAGUGAGCGUAUGGCGAAGAGCCAGUCUUCUGGCGAAUGCUUCAAAGAGAUGACGGCCAUCAACAGCUCCCUGUCUAACCUGAGCAUCGUCAUCUCCGCGCUGGCCAACAAAGAGAGCCACAUUCUGUACAGGAACUCUAAGCUGACCUACCUCCUGCAGGGAUGCUUGGGAGGUGACUACAUAACCCUGAUGUUUGUGAACAUCGCCCCAGAGCCGGACAGCUUUGGGGAAACUCUCAACUCUCUGAGGCUCGCCAGCCAGGUGAAGAAGGUGGUCAGAAAGCCAAGAAUGAACGAGAAGUAG